GAAAGAAGAAAAGUCGUGGGAGAGAUACGCGUUGGCAUUGGCCGACGCAGCCGAUUCUGUUACUGUUACUGUCACCGCCAGUUCACAUUUUCUUACAUCAAAGUCAAAGACCAUUCCCCUGUCAUAAAAUAAACCCAUCCCUCCCUCUCUCUGGUCGUUUUUUGCUUGGAUCAUAUCUCAGACGAAGACAAAGCGACUCUCAAGAAGGGGUGUUUUUCCUUAGAAAAUGGCAGGCAGAGAAAUUCUCCAUAAGAUGAAGGCCGGGAUCUGCGGAGCAGCUCCUCCUGACAUGGGAAGAGGCAAAAGCAAGAUGUGGAAGAACAUAACACACGGUUUCCACUUCGUCAAAGGCAAGUCAAGCCAUCCCAUGGAGGACUACGUAGUCUCUGAAUUCAAGAAAGUCGACGGCCAUGAGCUCGGUCUGUUUGCCAUCUUUGAUGGUCACUUGGGUCAUGACGUUGCCAAGUACUUGCAGACCAAUCUCUUUGACAACAUUCUUCAAGAGAAGGAGUUUUGGAGUGACACGGAGAAUGCAAUAAGAAAUGCUUACAGAUCAACAGAUGCAGUGAUACUGCAGCAGUCUCUCAAGCUUGGUAAAGGCGGGUCAACGGCUGUAACGGGGAUUCUAGUCGAUGGUCAAAAGCUAGUGGUUGCUAACGUUGGUGACUCGAGGGCGGUGAUGUCCAAGAAGGGCGUUGCGCAGCAGCUCUCGGUUGAUCACGAGCCAAGCAAGGAGAGGAAAGAUAUAGAGAAACGAGGUGGCUUUGUAUCAAACAUUCCAGGGGAUGUUCCACGUGUAGAUGGACAGUUAGCGGUUGCGAGAGCGUUUGGAGAUAAGAGCUUAAAGAUACAUUUGAGCUCUGAGCCUGAUAUCACACACCAGGCUAUUGAUGAGCAGACUGAGUUCAUCGUUUUCGCCAGCGAUGGUAUCUGGAAGGUGAUGUCGAACCAAGAAGCGGUUGAUGUGAUAAAGAGUGUCAAAGAUCCUCAAGCAGCAGCAAAGCACUUGAUAGAGGUAGCUUUAACUAAGAAGAGCAAAGACGACAUCUCUUGUAUCGUUGUAAAGUUCCACUAGUCUCUUUGAAGCCUUUGUCUAUAAAAUGACCAUCAAGUUUGCAAGAUAGAGUUAUUAUGUGUGUUUUCAAGUUUUUUGUAAAAUGUUAAAUCAGUAAUGAAGUUUCUCAGAAGAUGUAAUAUUUUUUUUUUUUUAUGUUUGGAAAGUGUUUGAUAUUUCCCCUAAAAAUUAAUUUAAAGAUACAAAAGCUUAAGAUGA